AGCGCACUUUCAGUGCGGUUUUAGUUGUUCUCUAGUGUUGAAGUGGUUUCGCGGGUGCUGUAAACAACAACUUUUUUUCUUCUGCUGUUGCGUUACUCUUCCGAGAGCGUUUCACAGUGAAGCGUUAAAUCGCGUGCCUGUCGGUGGCUGGCAGCGCGUAUGUGCGGCCGUGGUUAGUUCUUUGUUUGGUUCCGUUCGCGUUUGUCGCGGUUGCUAAGGGACGAGGAAGUGUUACUUUGAAAAUCUUGGGAUAAAGUUUCGUGUAUGUGCCGUUUCUAGUGGAUCCGCGAACAACCUCAGCAGCCAAGGUGAAGUUCCAAAUCGGCGAGGCGUGUUUUCUGUGUGUCUCCCAGUGACUACUACUACUACUACUACCACUACUACUAGAACUACAGCUAGCAUAAGACCCCCCGUAUCAUUCCCGCAAUCAUCAUUAUCAGAGUAGCCUUGGCUCAAACAUUGGUUUCCUAUCCUCCCUAAACAACCGUGCUUCAUUCGCAUGGAUAAGCACAGCAGGUCCAAGCCAACACUCGAGGACUACAUCAUCGACAUGGAGACGCGGCCGCCCGACAGUCGGCAAAUCUCCGACAAGGACGUCUGGGCCCAGCUGCACCAAAAGGAGGCCGAUCUGCUGUUGGCGGCCGAACUCGGCAAGGCGCUGCUGGAGAAAAACGAGGAGCUGAAGAAGCAGCAGGAAAAGCUAAUCGAUGAAUACUCGAUCAAGCUAGAGAAACUGGAACAGGAGAAGUACAUUCUGAAGCGGCAACUGGAGAUCACGUCGAGCGAAAACGAUGCCGUCAUCCUGGAGCUACAGUCGGACAUCAAGCAGUUCAAACAGAAGCUUGAUGCCCAGGAGCAGAUUAUGCGACAAAUGGAGCGAGAGAAAAAUCUCCUGAUUGAGGAGCUUACCGCUCAAAAUACCCGCCUCUCCAAUGAGUUGAAGAAAUCCAAUGCUGCUGAGCUACAGCUAUCGGCGCAACUACAGGAAAUCAAGGAGCAGUGCAAUCGACGAACUAUGAGUAUACAGGAUCACGUCAGCAGUUUGGAGAGUCUGAAAAAUGAGCUUCGCAUGAUUCUGGAGAAGAAGAACGAACUGGAGAAUCGGUUGCACAUGACAGCGAACGAGAAAGAAAACCUUUCGAUAGCGCUGAAUGAAGCCUCCGAGCGGAUACACAUCCUAGAACGGAGUACCAAGGAGCAGGAUACCAAGUACCAAAUGACGGUCCAGACGCUCGAUCGGCUAGAGCGAGAGAAUGGGACACUUUCGGAGCGACUGGAAUCGUUUGAUUCGCAGCGAUCGCAUCACAGUGAUCCGAACCAUUCCUCUCUGCUGCAAGAAAUGACCGGGGAAGAUGAAACAAUGAUGGUGGGCAGUGCUCCAAACAAGGACGAAGCGACGAUGCUGCUGUUUAAGGAAGCCCAUUCGGUGUACAAACAGCUCAAGACCUUGUGCCAGACACUGCGGAGUACAUAUCAUGAUGACGAUUCGGGCCUUCACUCGGAUAUGUCGUUCUCGUCGUUGGACAACACUCUGUCUUCGGCGCCACAAUCGGUGGACGUGGGCAUCGGAGGCUCACCCGGGCCAUCGCCUAAUCAGAGCGGAACGAUGGGCAUGAGAAGUUCGACCGAUAAGUUCACCCGUGGAAUGUUGUCAUCGGCUGCCGAUGAAUUGGUUCAUAUCAUCAUGAAUAUGGACGCGAUGCAGUUCAAGACCAUGUUCGAGCAGACGCGGGGUAUGCUGAUCGAGCAGGAAGAGGAAAUGAAGAAAAAGAACGAUUUUAUCAUGCAGCUGGAGAGCAAGAUCUCGGUGCAGGAGGUCGAGCUUCAAAGUGCGAUCGACGAGCGCAACCAGGCCCGGGAUGAUGCGUCGCACUCGAGCCUAGCACAGGACGAAACGGUGAUUCAGGCCCGCAGGGAUCGUGAUGCGGCCGUCGAGCGACGAACGAAGGCUGAGGUCGAGCUGGCCAAGAACCGGGUGGAACUGAUGCAGGCCAACAGUCAACUGCUGGAGGCCAUCCAGCAGAAGGUGGAACUGCUGCAACAACUCGAGCAGUGGCAAAUCGACAUGCACGAGCUAAUCGAGGAGCAGAUGAAGAAUAAGCUAAACAAUGAAACUAGUACAAAACCACAAACGCCUCAGCGUGGAGGAGCGUCAUCGCAGCAGGCCAGUGGUUCCUCGUCAGCCGGUUCGACGGCUGGUAAUCGUAAGAGUAGGCUACUAGAUCUGUUCUAUCAUCGAUGAGAUUGCCCGCGAUCACCCCGACGACAACCGUGCCUGGUUACACGAUCACUCGCACAGGCCGCCGCCGCUGUGAACGAUUCACAUUGCAUUUAUGUCCGACACCUCUAAUCUACAUUGUGACUGUCCGAAAUCGUUCACAUAACCUCUCGGUGUCCGACGUGAAGCCUCGAAGCCUACUUCUACCACCCGCUAACUUGGACCAUGUGAUAGUAAAACUAAUCGACAACGCGAUGGUCGAUUGUCGGUUCGUUUUUUUACGGUCGAAGCGCUGGUGAGACUUUGUGACAGCAGUAUUUUUUUGUAUAAAGGAAGAAAAUCAAUCCAAAUAUAAACCCGUUUUUAACUAAUGCCCCCCAUACUCACAUGCAUAUCCCCAAACAAACAGUUUAAAUCAGCCGACCAUUAUCUUAUCGAACGACAAACCUAUAGCUUAAUCGUAUAAUUUAUGUAAACUGCUCUUACCUACUUUUUUAUACUACCGAUGUAACCAAAAAAUGUUUAUUGUGAGAGAAAACAAGGAAUCCUAAUAUCAAAGCGUACUUAAAUAAGUAAUCACAUGGUUAAUUUAAUUUUAGUGAAUGGUUAGGCGCAACAGUUUGUAUGCGUUGUUUUCCUUGACGGACCAAUUAGACAAAGGCUUUAAGCAGUUUAGGAGCAUGACUACCAGCUAAACGUGAUAACGCAUUGCCUUCUAGUGACAGAGCAAAUAAUCAAAGAAAAACGUUUCGGAUUCGGCCUGUAAGUGAAUGUAAAUACGAGAAGCGAAUUGAAUGAAAAAAUGUAGAAACAGGAAAAAUAACCAAGCUUACGAUUAAUCGAACUUUUGUUAAACAGAAAGUGAACCGCAACGGACGAAAGGUUAAUUUAUCGACACUAAAAACUAUUCUGAUAGAGAAAUUUAACACAAAUUGACGUGGUUUGAUACGCGAUGGUCUCUACCUUGUAACACUGUUGUAAACUGUAAAAUGUGAAAAUCGGGAGAAUAAAGUAAUAUGAUGAGAUUAGAAAA